AUGAGUUCAGGCGAUGACAACAUUUUGCAGACAAUCCACUCUUCAGCUGUUACAACGAUUGUAUCUAAAGAUACUGCAACGCAAUCAUCGUUCAGGCAUCAAGGAUAUCUCAUCACUGCGAAGACUACGAGAGAAUUCACAGAGUAUUUCCAAAACCUUCUUGAGGACCCAGGCUGGAACCCGACUGCACGGUUCUUAAUCCUAAUAAGCUUACUAAAGGAAGAGGAUCUAAAGAAAGUUUUUGAUGUGCUGUUAAAAACACACGUUAUCAACGUUCUUGUGGUGAACGGUACUGACGACGCACAUCUGUACACCUACAAUCCGUACGACAACUUCGCCUGCGGGAAGUAUUACAAGGACAUCAUAAGCUAUGGAGUAUGUCUGCAGGCGACGAACAAUCUCUACCCAAACAAACUCGUGACCGGCUUGAGAAACUGCACCUUUCGCGCCAGUGUUCCACAUCGAAUUCCUUUUGGCAUAGAUCCAUCACAACCCGAUGUCGACAAACGGUUAAAAUUAGGGAUUGAACAAUAUUUGUUCAAAUUAUUAGGAGAAACAGAACACUUCGAAGUAAAUUUUACUUACGGCGUUGAUAAUACUUAUUCUCCAAUAAAUGGCAAGAUGAAAGCCUCAGGACCAUUGGCGAAACUUCAGAAUAAUGAAUCUGAUGUCAUGUUGGGUUGUGUUGUAUUAUCAGAAGUUCGAGGUGAUGUAUUUACGUAUCUGCACGGAUAUCUUGACUACCAUGAUGAUUUACGGUUCUUUGUAAAACAUGCACCCAAUGUACCUACGUGGAAAUAUGUUUAUUUGGAAUUUAGUCCCACAGUUUGGUGUAUGCUAUUGUUGGUAUUCUUCUUAUACUCGACAGUAGUUAUCCUGCUGUUCCGUGCUGAAGACAAAAUUGAGGUUAUAUUGAAUUUGUUAGGUACAUUACUAUCUCAUAGUCUAAAGAUACCUGACCGAAUGUCCGUGCAGUGCUUUUUGAUAAUCUGGGUGUGGUUUGCGUAUUUGGUGAACAGCGUUUAUCAGUCCAGCCUAGUGAGCAUGACCCAGCACCCACCAAAACAGUACCAAAUAAGUAACGAAUAUGAUAUUAUUGAAUAUAACUUAACACCUUGCGUGGUUCCCAGUGUAUUUGACACUUAUAAAUGUAAAACUUGGGUGCCAAAUGCAAAUGAUAAUAAAUGUCUGAAUCCAGUACUUAAUUUAAAAAAAGUUGCGAAUUCUAGUAAUUUAUUUACGCUUACACAAAAAUCUUUCUUUCAAUAUUACAAGAAAUUUUUGUGUGACAAGUAUGGUGAGCCUCAAGUUUAUUACUUCAGUAAACCAUACAAUAAAUAUAUUUAUGCUACAUUUUUCUACAAAGGCUUUCCGCUAACAGACAGAAUGCGAUGUAAUGCGAUUCGUUUGCGAGAAACUGGUUUACUAGAAAAAGUAACGAGAAACCAUUUUUACCUCCAGGAGAUCAAAUACAAAUUCCAUGAGAAGGGAUUUGAGCCAUUAUUUGUGAUACCAUGGUUUAUUCAUUUUGUAGGGUGUGUUUUGUCAACUAUUGUGUUUAUAUUUGAAUUACUGUCUUCAGUUCAUUACUCAAAUAGAUUAAGAAGGCUUUUUUGUAGACAAACAGAUAAAAAUAAAUAA